GUAGAAACCCGCGAACGUCGGUACCGGACGCGCACCUUCACUCGCCGUUUUAACAUACGAAAAACCAGUAAACAGACACUGCAGUGGUAGUUGGUACCACAGGUUGUUUUUCUUUUAAAAUAUGUUUAAAUUGAUGGCUUAAAAACAACGGUGACUAUGGUGGUAUUUGAUAAGUGUUUCGGGGGUGAUGUGCGGUAUUACUGUUUUAUGGUGGUGCUCUUGGUUGCCUCCUCUGGUUGGAUUAAAUGUCAAGAAUUAAAAUGUGGCCAUCCACCGAUUCCAUUAAACGCCCGACUGACCCUGAGUUCUCCAACCUUAAUUCCGGGCACGACGGCCACCUACCGGUGCGACGAGGGUUACGAGACCUUUGGAAACACACAAAUCACCUGCUCACCUGCCGGAAAAUGGACCGGCGAGAUGCCAUUUUGCGGUGUAAACGUGGCAUUCCGAAAACCAGCCAACCAAUCGACCACCGUACGCGGAGGUAGCGCCCUGAACGCGAACGACGGCCAAACCAGCAACGACCACGAGACCAAAAAAUGCUCGGAAACCCAAAAAGAGGCGAGUCCUUGGUGGAAAGUCGAUCUACUGAGAGCUUACCCCGUCAAAGUGGUCCGAGUGACCACCAGGGGAUGCUGCGGCCAUCAACCCUUACAAGACCUCGAGAUCAGGGUGGGAAACAGCAGUAGCGACUUACAAAGGAACCCUUUGUGCGCAUGGUUCCCUGGAACGAUCGACGAGGGGUCUACGAAGACCUUCACGUGUGCCAGGCCACUUAUCGGGGAGUUUGUGUUUCUUCAGUUGGUGGGGGUCGAAGGUUCGUUGUCUCUAUGUGAAGUCGAGGUGUUUACCACCGAUGAAUUCUCGGUGGACAGAUGCGCCCCCAAAGAUGCCCCCGAGGAGGCCCAACUGGCGGCCUUCGCGCGCACCUGCUACGAGUUCGGGGUGUUCAGGGGCGGCUCGUUCCAAGAGGCCCGACAAUAUUGCCAAAGCCACAACGGUGAUUUGGCCCACGGAAUGAGCCAGGGCCAGACGUCGUUCCUAUACGCCGAACUGGAGCGCCGUAAACCGAUGCUGAAAACCCAACUGGUGUGGAUCGGGGCGCAAAAAGAACCCGGAAUCACCUCCAGAACCUGGAAAUGGGUCAACGGUGACCUGGUGCAACGUCCGUCCUGGGGCAAAGACCAACCGAACAACUACAACGGGGAACAAAACUGCGUCGUGUUAGAUGGCGGUCGUGGGUGGCUAUGGAAUGACGUAGGAUGCAAUCUAGAUUACCUGCAUUGGAUUUGUCAACACGUCCCCUCCUCAUGUGGUAGUCCAGACAAACUGAUAAACACAACCAUCUCAGGAACGGACUAUAGUCUAGGCGCGACCAUUAAUUACAAUUGUCCAGAGGGUCACAUGCUUGUAGGAGACAAAAAUAGGACGUGCGGCAAAGAAGGAUUUUGGACCGGAAUGCCACCUACUUGCAAAUUUGUCGAUUGUGGACAGUUGCCGGAGCUGGAGCACGGAACGGUGGAAUUGAAGGACCAGAGGACGACCCACGGGGCCAGGGCUGUUUAUACUUGCCAUGAAAAUUAUACUUUAAUAGGUCAUGAAGUACGAACUUGCGAGGACAACGCGAAAUGGAGCAACUCGACCCCGCAGUGUCUCUUCGAUUGGUGUCCGGAUCCGCCGGAAAUCCACGGCGGUUUGGUGCGGACUUCCGGACAUCGAGCGGGCGACACCGCCACCUAUUCCUGUCAACCUGGAUACGUUAUUAGCGGCGAAGGAGUCCUCUCUUGCGGGUUGGGGGGCGAAUGGUCGGGCAAAGCGCCCACCUGUAAAUACGUAGACUGCGGUGCCCCGCCGAACAUCGACUACGGCCGCUACGAGCUACGGAACGGCACUACGACCGUAGAAAGUAUCGUGGAGUACUUUUGCGAGGAGGAUUAUUGGUUGGACGGACAAAAGGUGCAGAAAUGUACCAGAGAGGGAAAAUGGUCCGCUGCUACCCCAUACUGUGAACUGAUUGUAUGUGACGAGCCCGAUGUACCCUCGGGAAGUUACGUGGUGGGUGUGGAUUUUAACGUUCAUUCGGCUAUCGAAUACCAUUGCGAGGUCGGGCAUAUUUUGCGUGGUGAGCCCACGCACGUGUGCCAAAGGGACGGAGAGUGGUCGGGGAUUACUCCUACUUGUGAAUACAUCGAUUGCGGCAAAGUUCCCACCAUGUUAUACGGCGAGGUGCACUACACCAACGGUACCACCUACCUGGGGAGCGAACUGAGGUACACCUGCGCCAAAAACUAUAAAAUUAACGGGGUGACCAAGCGGUACUGCAUGGAAAACGGGCUAUGGAAUAGUGCCACACCGAAAUGUGAAGAAAUCAGAUGUCCGGAACCGAUAUUGGCCGAGCAUAGUAUCUUGUCGGUAACGGGAAACGACCGGAUGUACGGGCGAACGUUGAUCCGUACCGCGGAAUCCUCCAAUGUAGGAGCCAGCACCUACAAAAUAGGCGCCUUGGCCAAAUAUAGGUGCGAGCGGGGUUACAAGGUGAUAGGCGAACCUUUGAGUACUUGCGAGGAUAGCGGACAUUGGAGCGGCGGAGUACCGCAAUGUGUCUAUGUGGACUGCGGAAACCCUCAAAAAAUCCCACACGGCGACGUCACUUUACCAUCGAACGCCACGUACUAUGGCGCUUUAGCAUUGUACGCUUGUGACCCCAAUUUCGAAUUGGACGGGGUGUCUAGACGGCUCUGUUUGGAGAACGGUACCUGGAGCUCAGAUACUCCCGCUUGCAUAGAAAUUCAGUGUAAAGAUCCGGACACUUUCGCCGGUGUGACUUAUAAGUUGAGCACUCGCAGUGUGGGUGGAGUGGCUCAGUAUUACUGCCCCAGGGGACAUACCAUGCAAGGAAACUCCACCAGGUUCUGUCAGAAGAAAGGAGUCUGGAGUGGGCGAGCCCCUACCUGUUUACCGGUAGAUUGUGGACACCCUGGUACCAUAGACAACGGCCGUGUGAUCGUCAUGAAUGGUACCACUUACAAUAGCGCCAUCGAGUACCACUGUAUACCAACCUUCGAAAGGGUCGGCCCUUAUUUGAGGAAAUGUCUGGAUAACGGCCAGUGGUCCGGGGAACAACCUAAAUGCGAAAUGGUCAUCGAACAGCCACAAGAAGAAUCAAACUUGGGAACCCACAUCGGUAUCGGAGCGGGUGUGGUCGUGUUCUUACUGGUGUUACUGGGAAUCGUUUACCUGAAACUAAGGAAACCGGUAACGGUAAAAAACAAGGAAAACAUCGAAGGGGCGGAACGUAAAGAAGAAAGAAACGCGGCGGUGAUGAGUUACGCUACACUGAGCGACCGGAACGGAUUCACGAAUAUUUACGAUAAUAUUCGCGAGAAUACUUAUGACGCCCCGUACGAGGAGGGCGGGAGAAGGGACAGCGGAACCUACGAACCCGAACCUGUGGGACGAACCAACGGGAACGUCGUGACGAUAAACGGAGUCGCUGUGCGGUAGUUGACGAGUUUCAAGACUCGAAAAUAUAAAAUGUGAUAAAAGAAAUCGUUAAUUUGCGACUGUUUUUAUAGAUUGAACAAGAGUGAGAUUAUAAUUUUGUGUGUUUUAGGGUAAAAACUGUACCUAAAAAUUGUAUAUAGAGACGGACCCAAGAAGGGGAUUUUUCUAAUGUAACUAACUGGUGCGUAAAGUAAAUCUUACAUUUAAUAUUAAAUUGAUUCAAACGUAUAAUAAAGGAAAAUGUAAAAAAAUUACGUCUAAGAUGGUAAAACCUAAAAUGUCUUUGAUGGCUUAAAAUACCUUGAAUGGAAUUUAAUAUUAAAGUUGAAAUAUGAAAAUUCACUGAAAAACCCAUUAAAAGUUAACUCAAGGAUCUGCGGCAAAAAACCUACUGGAACAAAUUACUUAAAAUGCCUACAAAAUGUAGAAAAUGGGUCCAAAAUUCUGGAAAAUCAUUUGAAAUAAAUAAAUAAAAAAUUAAGAGCCUAGAAUUAAAUAAUGCUUCUAAAAUCCUCGACGAAAAAUGAUUUUGAAUGACUGAAAAAAAACCUAAAUGCUUGGAAUUUAAUUUAAAACUCUUCCAAAAGUCUGCUACAUGUAAGAAAUUAUUUGUAACGCUUUGGAAGUUGUAGUUGGUAGUGUAAUUUGGAGUUAUUUGAAAGAUGUAGAACGUGUCUUAAAAAUCAAGUCUAGGGCCUGGGACAGAAGGAAGCCUCUAAAAUUCUGAAAUAUUGAAUCUUCGCUCCGGGAAGAGACCUUAAAUGCCUGAAAUUAAAUCGAAAAUUAAACCACAAAGUCUGGAACGAGUAUUAUUUCAAAUACCUGGAAGAGCAUGUGAUUAAAUUUAAAAUAAACUUUUAAUAUCUUGAAAGAAAAAUGAUUUUACAUGGCUGAAAAAAACUUUAAACGCCUGGAAUAUAUAAUAAAACUAUUUGAAAUGCUUGAAAAUCGUGAAAAACAUGAAAAAUUAAUUCAAGGGCCUGGAACAAAAAAAUCCUGAAAGAAUGAGUUUACAUACCUAAAAUAAAAUCGAAAAUUAGUCCAAAAGUUUGGAACAAAUUACGAAUUAAUUCAGAUUCCUGGAAAAUGUUGAAAAUAGCUCCAAAAGUCUUGAAAAAUGUGGUAAAUCAUUGCAAAUCCAUGGAUCCUAUAAAAAAAAAUAAUUAAAGAGUCUAUUUUAAAAUUCUGACAGAAAAAUGAUUUUACAUAGCUGGAAAACCUUCGAAUGCCUGGAAUAUAAUUGAAAAUGGUUCCAAAAGUUUGAAAGAUAUAAAAAACUAAGAAAUCCUCAAAAAUCUUGGAAAAUGAGAAGAAAUAUUACAAAUUACUGGAAGCCAUAAAAAAACGAAUCAAAAGUCUGGGAUAAAAAAAAUAACUUUAAAUCCCUGUAAGAAACUUUAAGAACAGUGCCUGGAAAAGGAGUGAAAAUCGUUCCAAAAUACUGGAACAUUUAAAAAAUGAAUUGUAAUACUUGGAAAAAUCAAGUCUAGGGCCUGGAACACAAAGAAGCUCCUAAAAUCCUGAAAGAAUCAAUUCACAUUUCUGGAACAGACUCCAAAUGCCUGAAAUAAAAUCAAAACUUAAACCACAAAGUCUGGAACAACUAUUAUUUCAAAUAUCUGGAAGAUCUAGAAGAUGGCCUCAAAGUAUUGGAAAAUAUAAAGAAUUAAUUUUAAAUACUUGGAAGAGCCUGUGAUUAAAUUUAAAAUAAAGGUCUUAAGAUCCCGGAAAAAAAAAUGAUUUUACUGGAACAAGUUCUAAAAGUCUGGACUAUUUAAAAUAUUUGGAAAUAUUAAAAAUCAUGAAAAAAAGUUAAGUCAAGAUCCUGAGACAAAAAAUUAGUUUUCAUAUGUAGAUAAAAUCGAAAAUUAGUCUAAUAGUUUGGAACAAAUUACGAAUUAUUUCAGAUGCCUGGAAAAUGUAAAAAAUAGCUCCAAAGUCUUGGAAGGUGUGAAAAAUCAUUUCAAAUCCCUGGACAAAAAAAAUGAAGUAAAGACUCUAUGACACGAAAAAUCCAUGAAAUUUUGAAAGAAAAAUCAAUUUGCAAACUUGGAAAAACUUCAAAUGCUUGGAAUAUAAUUGAAAAUUGUUUCGUCGGAAAGAAAAGUCGGAAGCAUAUAAGAAAUUAUUUGAUAAUGCCUGGAAAAUAAAAAAAAACAAGAAAUCGUCAAAAACCUAAGAAAUAUUUCAAAUUACUGGAAGCCAUAAAAAAUCAAGUCAAUAUUAAAAAAAUAACUCUUAAUACCUGGAAGCAACUUACAAUACCUGGAAAAAAAUUGAAAAUUGUUCCAUGAUACUGGAACAUGCAUGAAAGAUGCAAGAAAUGUCUCAAAAAUCCUGAAAACUUGAAGAAUCAUUUCAAAUCCCUAGAAUUCAAAAAAAAAAUUAAAUUAAGAGCAUGAGACAAAAAAGUCCUGAAAGAAAAAUUACCUUACUUACCCAGGGACUUUUUUUCUAAGACCGUGGUGUUUAGAAGCUGUGCAUCAAGUUUGAUGAUGGCUUGAGGGGCGAAACACGUGUAACCUAUUCUCAAUCUAAAUAUAAGUUCGAAACUUGUUUUUUUUUUUUUUUUUUUUAAAUGAAUGUAGAUACAUGCAAAGGUCCUGGGUUCAGAUCCGCUCAAUUUUAUCCAUUUUUUUCAAAUGUAAGUGGAGCCCAGUUUUCAAAGAAUAAACAUAUAAUAUUGUACAGAACCGAUUGUAAAUAAAAAAAUAUUAAGUUUUCUCCAGCAAGGCGAUGUUUCAUAAUAAUGUAAGUAAUUGGACUAAGCCUUAAGAAAUGAGUCAAACAAAAACAUCUGUGUGUAAAUCAGCAUUGAGCGGAUGAGGUUUGCUGAUAAAACUCUGGAAAUAUCAGAAGGGUUUUAAGAAAUCACUCAAUUAACGUCCUGGAAUAAGUUAAUAAUUAUUUAUUUCUUUCAGGCAGUUGAGAGGCAUAACAUUUUUUAACAUAGGAAGACAUUAUUGUCUAAUAGUUACAGUUAGUUAAUAAUUUUAUAAGGGGGAAAUUCUUUUUCAUCCGAAAAUUGCAUAUAAUGGACAAGGAGAUUUGAUUUUUGUUGCUUUUAUGGUACUUUAUGGAUAUGUCUGGGCUUGUAACAAGAAUGUUUUUAUCACUUUAAUAUUAUUAAUAUUUUCAAUGGGUAAUAGGGCGAUACUAAUGUGCGAACAUUUUUGUAAUUUUUACGCACCAGUGAGUUAAAUAGUUCGAUAGUAAAAAAGGAGAUAACUGGAUAUUCCUCGCGUGGAAAAUCUCUUUUAUAAUUUUACGUUUAUAAGUCACUAUGGAAACUAUUAUAUAAUAAAAGUUACCUAAUUUAUUAUCUAGUUUGCUUCAUCACAUGUUCAAAAUAUUUCUGCCUUUUCUACUAUUUCUUAACAAAUUGUUAUUUCUGUAUUUGUUGGUUAAGAGAAAACUGUAAUUUUAUGUAAAUAUUUGAUUUUGUAAUUAAGUGAAUAUAGUUUUUUUAAUUUAAA